AUGAACGUCGGUACCGAUAACGAGACCGGGACCGUCUCCUCGGCUGGAGUGAUCUUCGACACCGGACCAAACCCUCACAGCCUGAGCGAGCAACCGCCGCGACCGUCGUGCCGUGUGUUGGCGGAAGCCGGUCAGAAACCUUCACAGCCCACCUUUGAAGGAAUCCCCGUGGACAUCCGUGCAAUGAUCUACAACCACAUCCUCAACACCGAAGCCGACAGUUCCCUUCGCUCGGCCUCCGAGACGAGAGCCCAGCUCAGUCCCAGGCGCGGCGGGCCCGGUCUUCCGACCCACACGUGGCAUGAAAUGGAACCAUCAGCGGACGGAGCGACCUCCCAGCGACCCGCGCGCCCCGAAUCGCGUUGCGCCAGAACACGGCCAUCGAGAGUCCGUGUCGCGCGGGAUCAACCGGGGAAGCCACAGACAUCUUCUGCGCCAACAACCACCACUUCCACCACUCCCGCGUGCGAAGCGUUCCCGGAGCCGCGAUCGAACCUCCUGACGAAUCUGCCCCGGCCGGUGCCCUUUUCCGACACGCAACUGCACGUCAUGCGGAGUCUCGGUCCGGACUACCGCAACAGCCACCACCAUCACCGGACGGAUGCCGCCGCGAACGACAUGGACAACUGCAUAGCGCGUAACAACAUCCACAUCCGCGAAGCGUGUCCCUCACUCACGACGUUCUCGCUGUCCAUCUUCUCCCGGCCACCGCUGACACCGCAAUCCCAGGCACGGGCCCGGACGGCUCUGGCACUCGGCGAACUUGGGAAGCGACCCGAUCGGCUCAGCGUCGUCUCCACGUUGCCCGACAGCGCCGUCGCGGUCUGCGCGCGUGCCAUCGCGCCGGGGGCUGACGGGGAGGGGUGUGGCGUUUGCACCGUUGCGAUCUGA